AUGAACAUUUCAUCACAACCAGUUGUUCUUCCAACAAAUCAUCGUCGUUUUCCAACUAGGAACUAUUCACCAAUGGUUUUUAAUGCUUCCCCAAUAGCUGUUAGCAAUAAAAUAAAAGCAAUUCAAGCACGUAAAACUCGUCUUACACCACUACCAACUGAUCAUGAUUAUACUGAUAUUCGUCGAUUAAAUUUUGGUUAUAGUGGUGGUGUUACUAGUUCUAGAACGGAUUUCUCUGUUUUCACUGCUGAAAGAUUAGUUGAUCGUAGCAAAGAUAUACGUCUUGAUCGUAUUUCAAAACGUAACCCUCCUCGUCCAUCUGUUUUAUCAACAAAUGUCAAUCAACAAUCACUACUAUGGCCAGGUUAUCAAGCGUCAAAUGAAGGUAAUAAACAACAUCCAAUACCAUCUAAUCCUCCGACAAUUACGUCACCUGCUGUCAGAUCGUUUAAAAAUAAAUCAUUGCCAUGUGGUAAAAUACCAGAUAUUAAUAGACGUCAAAAUCGUCAACUACAUAAUGAUCGACAAAGUUCUAUAACACCAAAUGAACAACAAAAAAAAUCUAUAUUAAGAACAAAACCUCCACAAAUUCAAAUACAUAAUUCUGCAGACAGGACGAAUAAUAAUGACCUUCGGACAUAUGAAACUGAAGAAGAUGAAGAAAAUAUUUGUAUAGACGAAGAAUUUGAACGAUAUCUCGAAGCAGCAAUUGUUAAAUGUGCUGAUUGGCUUAUUAAAUAUGUAUUUAAUCAGACAGUUGAUGAACAAAACGAUUAA